CCCAGAUCGACAACCCCGCGACGACAUCCAAGUCAUGUCCUCCGACCUGAACGUGGAGUCGAUCGGCGCGCUCAUCCCGCCCUCGUGCGUCUUCGAGGAGCUGCCAGCCGACCUCGCCGUCUACGAGCACGUCGUGGCUGCGCGUGAGGCGGUGCUCUCAAUCCUCGCCGGGCACUCGGACCGGUUCUUGCUCAUCCUGCAGCCGCGGCUCGGACCGUCCGACCAGGCGGACGGCGAGAGCGCAGCCGACGCCGCGCUCCGCCUCGCCGCCGACGCAAAGGCCGCCUGCGACGCGCACCCGCAGCUGCAGCUGCUGGUGCUGCCGACCACCACCGACGCGACGCCGAGCAACGAGGCGCUGCGCUCGCUGCGGCGGAGCCUGCUCGCCCUCAAUCGGCACGGCGUCGCCGCCGCCGCCGCCUUUGCCGACACGAUCACGCCGCAGUACGUGUCUGACCUGCUCGCCUACGCGUGCGUGCCAGCGUCCUCAGCGAUGUGCGAGCUCGUGUCUGGCCUCUCGAUGCCGGCGGGCGUCGAAGGGUCUGCGGCGGAACCGGAGCGUGUCGCCACCGCGCUCGGCCUCGCGGCGCAGAGCCACCACUUCCUCGGCGUCUCCUCUGCUGGCUUGUGUGGCAUCGUCGAGUCGACCGGCCACCCCCAGGCGCAUGCCGUCCUGCACUCCCUCCCGGCCGGCGGAAACAAGCUCGCCGACGCUGCCGCGCGGUGCAGCACCGCCCUCGGCGAGGGCGGCCUCUCCGGCGGGAGGCGUGCUUGCACCAGUGCCUGCGCCAGUGCGUGCGCCAGUGCCUGCGACAGUGCCUGCGCCAGUGCGUGGUGGGAGGAGGUCAAGGGGCGGAUUGAGGAGGCAGCAGGCGGUGCGGUGUCGGCUGGCCUCUCGGGCGCGGAGCAGGCCCGCCGGCGCGCGACGGCGCAGACGACGGACAAUUUGCGCAUCCGCUCGGUGCGGCCGUUGCUUCCGCCCGCGAUCCUAACCGAGGAGUUGCCACAGCUUGCGGCGCACGCGGCGCUGGUGCUCCGCUCGAGGCAGCAGCUGGGCGAGGCGAUCCGGGGAGAGUGUGGCAAGCUCGUCGCGCUGGUCGGACCGCCGCUGCUCGAGAACGACGCGUCGGUGGUCGAGUUUGCCGCCCGUUUGUCUGCGGUGGCGGCCGAGGUGGGCGCGGCCCAGUGGCGGGUGGCGGCGGAGCCGGCCGCACCCGGCGCCGCCGCACACGGGUGGUUCUGCGAGCAGGGGCUGCGGCGCGCGCGGCGGCUGCUCCUCUCCGUCGGCGCGCUCGGCGUGCCUGCGGCGGUCGAGUUUGGGGAGACGGUCACGCCGCAGUACUUUGCAGAUCUGCUCUCGUGGGCGUCGGUGAGCGCCGAGUCGCGACCGCUGAGCAAUUUGGUGGCCGGCCUCUCGAUGCCCGCUGGCCUCCGCGCUGCGGGAGCGCCGCUACAGCGCGAGGACGGCGCUCCACUCUCUUCGGAAGACGACCCGUCGGGGCGCGCGGACUUCUACGGCGUCACCGCCCAUGGCAUCGCCGGCACAGUGAUGAAACUGCUGGAUACACAUUCCCCGAGCUCUAGCGCUCGAGAAGACAUGUAUUCGGCUGCAUCCCUCGCGCCGUAUCGGCAGGCCUCGCACUCACACGGCAUCGUCCACGCGACCGGAAACAGAGAUUGCGCCACGCUGCUGCCUCGCUCGAGCCUCUCCGCCGCGGCGGCAAUCGCCGCCGCCGCAGACAGCCGCCCCGUCGUGGUCGAGUGCGGCGGGGCGGAGGUUUCCCCCGCGGCACAGGCGCAGUAUUUGCGCGAGAUUGCCGCGCUCGUCGGCGAGGGCAAAGCCCCCGCAGUGCGCGGCGUCUCCCUCUCGUCGCACCUCCUCUCGGGCCACCAGCCGGCGCGGCUCGGAGGAGAGCGCGCUGCUUGCGGCGGAGUCACAUGCGAGCCGCUAAUCCACGGCUUGUCGGUCGGAGAGCCGUGCCUCGAUUGGCUCGAGACGGCGGCGGCCGUGCGCGCGCUCGCCGACGCCGUCAAGAAGGCGGCCGGGGUGGGCGGCACGAAGCGCCAAAAGCACACGCGCUGAAGCGGUUUGCUUUUGGCGCGCCGCCGUUGGAAUCGCCACACGACGCGUCUCUGCCGGGGGUGGUGCUCAAGUUUGCCGGCUGGUGCGCGAAAGGAGCGGCCACGCCGCGCUCGGCGCGAUUGCUGAGAGCUCGUAGGCGUCGCGUGCGUGAUUGGUUGACAUGGUCGGUACGCGGCUUUGCGCUAGCGUGGGGGGCUUCAGUGUGAAGCGCAGGUCAUUCCGAGCGCCACAGCGCAUCUUUGAUACCUCUCACUGCCAGCCAGCUUUUGGAACCAGCGCGUACACCGUCGCCCGUCGCCGCUCGAUUUUGCUUCUUGCACAAAGUUUUUGGCAACAAA